AUGUCGGGGAAGGCUCAAUACAGGGGACGCACCGAUAGGGCAACGGUCGCUCAGAAGCGGUCCGACGCGUCAAGUUACAACUGCGUGCCGCGAGAGCUAUGGUCUGAUUUCUUCACUACUGGACAGAUUUUCCGCAUAAAGCACUGGGAUUGUACACUUCGUGUCUACGUCGUAGUCGAGCCCGGCGAGGAGUCGUCAAGAUGCUUGAUGAUCAAGACUUACCAAGUCGCCCAACCUCCAAGACCUCUUCGCGGAGAAGAAAAGCUACGUCAGCCUAUCGGCGCAAGAGCAGACAAAGGAGCCCAACCCUUCUCCCCGAAAACACGACUCAACUACGGUCAGGACUUUGAAGUGGCUCACUCACACCCCGUGUGUCCUCUGGGACAUGUUCUCGAGCGGGACCUCUCCUUUUUCGUUGAAGAAUACCUCAAAGUCCAGGGGAAACCCGCGGAGCGCAAAGUCAUAUCGUCUCCGCCUCAGCCAAGGCCCGCACCGCCCGUGGAACAAUCACACGACAUGCUGGUGGACACCAUGGUGACGGAUCCACCAGAUGUCUUGCCUCCGGAUCCUCGAGAGGAAGCGGACAAGGCCCUCAACGCCCUCAAGGUCCUGCCGUUCCCGGACGAAGCUUCGGCUGUCUCUGGCUCUUCUGGUGCCACUGGACCUUCGGAUGUCACUGAAACUAUUGUUGCCACUGAGCCUACGGUUGUCACUGAACCUACGCCUGCCGCUGAACCCGCGGCUGCCACUGAAUCUUCGGGUGCUGUUGAGCCUUCGGGUGUCCCUGAGCCCAUAUACUGUUCUGCCACUGUCGAGUCCGAUGAAGAAGGGCCCACCCAGUCUAUUGACAACCAGAUGGAACGCCCUGAUGUAGGAGACAUCAAAAACGGCAUCCCUAGUGACAGUCAGGAGCCCGGUUCUCCGCAUCAACAGGCGGGAUCUGCUGAAGACAAAGCUCCUCUCCUCAUAGAAUGGCAUGAAGAGAAGGAUGAAAGUCAGAAUCAUACUGCAGCACAAGAGGAUCCCGUUGAACAAGAAAGCCUUCCGGUCACCAUUGAAAUUACCCCUGCCGAACCCGAGCCUCCAGACACUAGCAAAGUUGCCGAAGCCUCAGCUCUUGAAAAGGAUAACCCUGAUCAUGAGGCGGAUCAGGAUCUGGAUGACAAGCAUAACCUUGCUCUGGAUUCUACUGGCCAAAAAGACCUUGACGACCCUGUAGACCUCCUUGAUGAGCUCCCAGACUCAUCACCGGUACAGUGUGAACCAGAUCCAAUCCUUGACGUAUUCGCUUUCCAGGUCGACUCUCUUUUAGAAGAAGUCAACAGGUUCUCCAACUAUGUCUAUCCUACCGUGGAGGAUGCUGAAGACUCCGAGUCUGCAGAACUCACAAGAGAAGCAACACCAAUCGAUCUUUCGAACUAUCAGUCGACACCGGAGCCUUUCGAAGUUCUGUAUGAGAGUAUCAACGAAUCCACAUACAGCAUUGAUACCGAAUCUACACCAUCAGUGUCACCAGUAGUGGAUCUAAAGCCUGACUGGUUGGACGACUGGUUGCAACUUACUCCUCACGAAAUCAGAGCUUGUGUGUGUGGUCGAGGAACGACUCCAGAACGCAGUGAGUCUGUUCACACGAUUGCUACCGAUGACAAAUCGGAGGGACCAUUGACACCUGAAUCAACCGACCUCAACGCAUCUACCGGUCCUACAUCUUCAUACCACACACCAGCGGCAGAGUUCGAGAUGGUAUCAGCAAACGAGGCUUGCGAAGAGACAGACAAAAUCGAAGUCGCAGCAUCUGAUAUCAUCUUCGUCGGUGCCAGCUCAACACAGCCUUCCAUCUUCCCCAAGCUCGACUUUAGCCACGGCACCACAUCCAUCCUUCAACCUCCCGCCAUCUCCGGCUCCAUCCCCAGGCCCUUCACCAAAAGUCUCUCCGACUCCGAUGCCACCACGAUCGUGUCCUCCCGAGCCUAG